AUGUCUGGAGAGAGCUACAACAUCUACAAUGAGGUUCAUCUUGCAGCACAUGCGCUUCACCACUUUCUGAGAAACACCCGUUUUAAUAACAGUGUGGGAGAAGAAAUCUUUUUUGAUGAGAAAGGGGAGUUUGACCCGGGAUACGAUAUCUUCAACUUUGUCACCUUCCACAAUCAAUCCUUUCAGAGAGUCCAUAUUGGAAAGAUGGUCUCCAAAUCUCUUGAUGGGAAGAAGUUCACCAUUAAUGAAAGUGCCAUUGUAUGGAAUCACAAGUUUCAGCAGCUUCACCACUUUCUGAGAAACACCCGUUUUAAUAACAGUGUGGGAGAAGAAAUCUUUUUUGAUGAGAAAGGGGAGUUUGACCCGGGAUAUGAUAUCUUCAACUUUGUCACCUUCCACAAUCAAUCCUUUCAGAGAGUCCAUAUUGGAAAGAUGGUCUCCAAAUCUCUUGAUGGGAAGAAAUUCACCAUUAAUGAAAAUGCCAUUGUAUGGAAUCACAAGUUUCAGCAGGUACCUCCCCGUGCCAGAUGUGUAGAGAGCUGCCGUCAGGGGUACAGCAGAGUUGUUCAGGAGGGAAAACAUAUUUGUUGCUACAAUUGUAGACAAUGUUCUGAAGGAAGAAUUUCAAUUGAAACAGUCGUCAUUUUGGUGGCACUGGCCUUCAUUCUGCACUGGGACACCCCCAUUGUCAAAGCCAACAACAGGAACAUCACAUGCAUCCUUCUUUCCUCUCUCCUGCUUUGUUUUCUGUGCUCUCUGCUCUUCAUAGGUCGGCCUGGGAAGGUGACUUGCUUUCUCAGGCAAACUAUGUUUGGCACCAUUUUCUCUCUCUCGGUUUCUUGUGUCUUGGCCAAGACCAUCACGGUUGUUUUGGCCUUCCUGGCCACUAAGCCAGGAAACCAGAUGAGGAAAUGGCUAGGAAAUAGACUGGCAGGAUCCAUCAUUGUCUUCUGCUCAUGUAUUCAAGCUGUUAUUUGCAUGAUAUGGUUGAUCAUGUCUACUCCCUUCCCUGAGUGGGACAUGCAUUCACAGAUUGAAGAGAUCAUUGUUCAAUGUAAUGAAGGCUCAGAUGCCAUGUUUUACAUUGUCCUGGGCUACUUGGGGCUCCUGGCCACCAUCAGUUUCACUGUGGCUUUCUUUGCCAGAAAACUGCCUGAUACUUUUAAUGAAGCCAAGCUGAUCACCUUCAGCAUGCUUGUGUUCUGUAGCAUUUGGGUGUCCUUCAUCCCAGCCUAUCUGAGCACCAAGGGGAAAUACAUGGUGGCUGUGGAGAUCUUCUCCAUCUUGGGCUCUACUGCAGGUCUCCUGGGUUGCAUCUUCCUGCCCAAAUGCUACAUCAUUCUCUUGAACCCACAUCUGAACACAAAACAGCAUCUAACCAGGAGGACAGAUUAACAAUGAAUAAUUCUGUAAUUCAGCCUUUACCUGGUUACCAAAAACAUUCAUGGGAAAAGUCCAAAUAUUCAAGCUCGCAAACUUCAUCAUGCAAUUCAAUGCUAUUUCU